AUGAACUACGAGUCCUACUACUCUGACUCGAGCUUUGGAUCUGACUCUUCCGUGGUUGAAGAACACUACCAAAGCAUUGAGAUGGAUGCGAUGGAUGACGCCCAAGUCAUCCCACCUGAGGCUGGUGCCGACCAGAACCCCUCCGAAGAUGACAAGAUUGCCUGCAAAGACCAUGUUCUCGUGGUCUUCUCGGAUAUUUGCCCCGACUAUCUAGAGAAAACCGCUUCUACACACAAGUACCAGCCCAACGCCGUCAUCUCUGCGAUCCUGGAUCAGCAAGAGAAAGGCGAGGAAUAUCCUCGCAGCCAGAAACGCAACCGACUUAUUCGGAAACGUGCUGACCUCAGCGAGGACAGCGACGACGAGAACGACCCACAAGUCGCACGCGCCAUCAGAGCCAAGAUUUCAACUCAAGAACAUGCAGACAAGCUACGCUCAGCGCAAUACUUUGACCUUGCGAGAACCUUGUUAGCACAAGACUUUCCAAACGUGCCUCUGCACACGAUACGCAACUAUCUGCUCCGGGACAAUAAGCGGUCACUGUUCGAGGCAUAUACGGCCAUGGACGACGCGAGACGCGACUGGGACGAUGCGAACCCACCUUGGAAGACAAAGAAAUCUUCUUCCAAAUUUAAUCCCGACUAUACCGAUGAUGGACUGGCUAGCCUCGACAUGUCCGGCUACACUCCAGAAAAACAGGCAGCGUUCACCGAGCUGCGCGCAGCGAGAGAACUGCGAUCCGUCAAGGAAACUAAGCUAGCUGACGAGCGCAAAGAGAAGUCAAACACUGUCAUGGCACGGAGGAACGGCCUGACGACCGAAUGUGGCAUCUGCUUCGAAGAAUGCCCCCUCAAUCGGAUGGUGCAAUGCGACGGUGAAACCAUCCACUUCUUCUGUCGUGACUGUCUAAGAUCCCAGGCAGAGACGCAGAUUGGCAUGUCCAAGUACGAGUUGACGUGCAUGUCGAUGGAUGGCUGCACUGCCGGCUUUUCUCAUGCACAACGAGCCCAGUUUCUCGACAAGAAAUUGACCACGGCCUUGGAUCGGAUUGAGCAGGAGGCAGUGCUACGGAUGGCAGGUAUUGAAAAUCUCGAGACCUGCCCUUUCUGCCCCUACGCUGCUGAGUACCCGCCCGUUGAGGUCGACAAGGAGUUCCGCUGCGACAGCCCAAAGUGUCAACUGGUCAGCUGUCGUAUGUGCCGCAAGGAAACCCACAUCCCGAAGACAUGUGCCGAAGCAGCGGCAGAGGCUGGUCUCGAUGCUCGGCACGUGCUUGAAGAAGCCAUGUCCGAGGCCUUAAUCCGUAGAUGCAAUAAGUGCAGCAAUCCAUUCGUCAAAAUGGACGGCUGCAAUAAGAUUCAGUGCACCAAGUGCGGCACCAUCCAUUGCGACGUCUGUCGGAAGACCGUCAAGGACUACUCUCACUUUAACGAUCCUGGUCGUGGGGGCCAACAGGGACAGUGCGCUCUCUUCGACAAGGCCGAGGAGCGUCACCAGAACGAAGUACGCCAGGCGGAGGAGGAGACACGGAAGAAGGUGGUGGAGGAAAACCCACAAGUGGCAAAAGAGACUUUACAAAUCCAUGUUUCCGAAAAAGUCCAACAGGACGAGACGAUUCGCAGGGAGAAGGAGAGGGAUGCUCGCAACCCACAUUAUCGGCGAUUUGGCAUGCCAGCAGCAGUACCGAACGGGCGUGUCGCUGCCCAUGCUGUAUAUGGAGCACCUCUCGACUUCGAGCUUGACCUCGAAAUAGCGAACAUGCAUCGACAUGAAGACCAACCGGGCAUGCAAGAACUCUUCAGACGUGAACGGAACGCACUCGAAGGACUUGAACGCUUGAUGCGCGAGGGACAAAGGGGUGUGCCUGGUUCUCCUGACCCUGAUCAUCAUUUCCCGUGGUUCGAACAGUUCAUUGACUACCCAGGCCUGCACCAAGCGGAUCAGUUGUUUCUCCCUCCUCCGCAGGCGAACCAGGCGAACCAUCCUAAUCCAGAGGCCCAACCAAAGCCUCAGUUGGAAGCUGCACUUGAUAGACUCCUCUUGGGAGGCCAGGCUAAGAACCUUCAAGGACAGCAACAAGCGGCUGCAGCAAAAGCUCAGGCAAUUCAACUGCGGGAGCAACAACAUCAGCAGGAAUAUCACCGUCGUCGGAGAUUGCAUCAACUCGCCUUAGCAGGAGACCAGGCAAGCAAACUGCUGGGGCAGCAACAGCAACAGCAGCUGCGGGAUCAGCGUCUUCGAGCAGAGAAGCAACUCGCCCUGGCAGACCAGGCAAGUUUAAUUCAGGAACUUCGGGAACAAGGACGGCGUCAUCGAGAAAAGCAACUCGCUCCAGAGAUGCUUCGAAUCGACAACCCCCAAGGACCGAAACGCCACAGUACCCCUUGGGAGCGACUUCAGAGUAUUCCUGUCCAUGUUACCAAACGACAUCGUUCGGCCGCUCAAGCCCAACAACCAAGGCCUGAGUCAAGCUUUCACCUUGCAGUACCGGGAAGCGCUAAUGGCGAGGAGGCUCGGCUUGACAGAAGGAGUUCCUUGAUUCGGCUUUCAAGACGACCUGCUCCAGUCGCCCGAGGCGUCCAACUCGAUGCUAGAGACAUCCCGGCUGAGAGGCUGUCCAAGGUCCGCAUGCUCGAAAUCAUCACCCGCCCGCCACGAAACAAGCUUUGCUCAAUAUGCGAAACCGACAGCGGCAUGGACAUUAAGUACCACUUCGACUGGUAG